UCUGCAGAGAGCCUGAGCCCCGGGGCCCUGCUUUUGCCACACAUUUGCAUGUGUGUGCGCUCUUUCUGGGAAAACAUCUAGGACUGGAUUUGCUGCAUCCUGGGAGCACAUGUGUGUUUAACUGUGUAAUGUGUCUCCAGUACAUGAGGACGAAUCUUGCGUGUCUCCACUGACAUGAUGUCCUCAGUCAAUUCAGAGACAGAAAGUAGGAUCUGGGGCGAAGGGGCAAACGGGGAGUUAGUGUUUAAAGGAGUGAGCGAAUUCCUGUGUUAAUUGUUUUAUGGUGAAACUGUAAAUCCUUGACAUUGAAAAACUCUGCCCAUUCCGCUGACUCUUUACCAGCUCUUCUGCCCCAAAUCCAGGUAAUAGGUGAGCACCGGGCUAUAUAGUCUUUGUGGUCCCCCCAAAGGCUCUGAACCGUUACCGGCUGCAGCGGGAAGGAAUAUAAGAACACCUGAAUUUAGGAACUGAAGGAAGUUCGGCAACUCGAAGGCACGUCUGGAACAUGUUUGAAUGGCAAAGGCAGGUCCAGCAUCUCUGUGAGGGUUUGACCCUUCCCCUGAGGAGGAAGGUGAACCAGAGGACAGGUUAGCAAGAGGCUGGGGAGAAACAGAUUCACACCAGCACCUCUGUAGAAACCAUCACAGGAGAAGGGACCCAAAUGUGUACUAGAUAGAGAACCUGAGGUGCAGAUGGUGUUCAUGCAAAGUUGCAAGCACCUUUGCAAUGGGAAAAAGCAAAGUUUGAAAAUGAAGGUCAAGAGCUUUAGCUGAAACUUAGGAACUAAGGGAGUGGUAUGAAAAAAAUCUUCAUCUUGCCAGGAAGUGCGCUCUGAGAGGGAACAGGCUUCUGUGGGGCAAAACUUCAGGCCGGACUGGCUAGAGGCCUAAGGAGCCAAAGUUCUACCCACAGUGGGGGUGAGGGGUGGGACUGUGAAAGCCAGAAUAUCCCCACACCCCUACCCCCACCCCCAGGGCGAAAUUAUGCGAAGUGGCUGAACACUUAAUCUGCCAGGGAAAAACAAAAAAAGAAGCAAGAGCUUCAUGAAAGGAAGUGCUCACCAGGGACCCCAAAUUCACAGUAGUGUAUUUCUGACCCUUAACAAAGGAGCCCAGGCCUAGAUGUUCCAAGCUCAGCACUUGGCACAGGCCCCAGGAGACCAGGGAAUCCAUGGAAGCAUAAGGCUAACUUUCUAUGAACCCUAUUGUUGCAGGAGGUGGGUUCGCAGGUGCUAGGCUGACUUACAGAUACUUACAGAUUUGGAUCUGGAUGCCUGGGGACAGGCUUAGUCACCUGCAGUCACAGGGUUGGCUCCUGGUGACACCCUCCCACCCACCUCCCAACUCCACGCCUCACGUGAUUUCUCUUAGACUGGCAGCCCUUGGGAGGCUACUUUGACCCAGGGAGGAUUCUGCAGUGUUUUGCAGAUACAGAGGCGCUGGCAACUAUAGUUUGAGCACUGCUGUAUUAGCAAAGACUAGCAAUGACACAAACCAACCUGUCUGGGACUGCCAGCACCCGGCGGGUGGGAGGGUGGGAGGCUCUAGCCUCCUGCUGGCAGAGCGGGGAAUGAGCCCACAGGGGAGUGCUGUGCCCAGAGCACUGGGCAUGGUGGGCAGGGGAGCAAUGACUCUGAGACAGGGUCCUCACGUCCUCCAGAAGGCUUUAAGCGACAACCCUGAGAAAUCCACCUGCCCUGAAGUGCCCUCAGUGCCACCACCUGUGGCUUAGCUGACUCUUUCCUGCGACCUUUGAUCUCUUUGGGAUCUCUGAGAUGCUGUCAGAUUGACCUCAAUGUGAAACAACCGGAGGCUGAUUGUGAUAACAGUACAAUGCUCCUGGCUGGGGGUGGGGGUGGGGGGCUUCUCCAGCCGGAAAAAGAACUUAUCUGAGACAGGGAUUAGAGCUGCCACCUGAGUCAGCCGUCCUGUGGAGGGUGGGUCUGUCCCCAGACCCUCCAGGCACUUCUGAAGCUCUGGGUUGGGGAGCUGGAGCUCUGUGGCCUUUUAUCACUGGGGCCUCAGUUUCCCCAUCAGGUAAGGGGGAGUGUGUGACCCGUUUUCUGCUCCACAGACAGGUGAGCGCAGAGUAGGCUCUGGGAACAGCAGCACCACCAAAUAACUGUCCCCGGAACCGGGAGCUGCACGAGGCCUCAGACCAGGGGCCGUGAGUUGCCAAACCCUUCUGCCUGUGCAAUGGUGCUGGAACCCAGUCACUGCCCAAGGGGAGCAGGAGAGACUUGCCCACCCUCCUGCGGGCUUGACCAGAGCCAGGAGGAAUGAAGACACCGCCCUGACUUCUAGCCAGUUCCCCCAACAGCAGUUGCUCCUUAUACAGCAUGCCUGGGGCUGUAAAUCUAGCCUAUUAAGGCAAUAAAGGAACUGGUUCCAAAGUUUAUCCCCUCUGAUGCCAGUUUUUAGAAGGAGUUCCCCUCCCAAGAUGUAGCCGAUGUGGCGGUCUCUGGUUAAGGGAAAAACAAUGAUGAACAACACACAAACAUUUGUACAUAGAAAUGAGCUUGCCUGGCCCUCCCCUUUGUGUGCGCAGGAUCCAAGCUUCAUUGCUUAAAAAAAAAAAAAAAAAAAAGGAAGAAGAAGAAGAAAAGAAAAGAAAAAAAAAGUGUUUAAUAAUUACCUUUGUUGACCUCUGUACCUUCUGGCUUCCUCCACUGCUGGGCACAAGACAUGGCCAUUCCUGGGUGCAGACGUGCAGACGUGCAGACGCAGGCAGCAGCUGCGCUGGGCAGCUCCCCGGACUCCGUAAGAGCAAGAGGCAGCCUCCUAGAACUGGCGGGAGGGGGACAUGGAGGAGACAAGCCUGAGAAACAGGAGAGAGGAUGAGAGGUCCAUCCAGAGUACCCAGAGUAAGGAACACAAGACCACAAGUCUCCAGAAGGAGGUGGGCCUGCUUAGCGGCAUCUGCAUCAUCGUGGGCACCAUCAUCGGCUCUGGGAUCUUCAUCUCCCCCAAGUCUGUGCUUAGCAACACGAACGCCGUGGGGCCCUGUCUCAUCAUCUGGGCAGCCUGUGGGGUCCUUGCAACACUGGGGGCCCUGUGCUUUGCAGAGCUUGGUACAAUGAUCACCAAGUCCGGGGGCGAGUACCCUUACCUGAUGGAGGCCUUCGGGCCCAUCCCCGCCUACCUCUUUUCCUGGACCAGCCUGUUCGUCAUCAAGCCCACAUCCUUUGCCAUCAUCUGCCUCAGCUUCUCCGAGUAUGUCUGUGCGCCCUUCUACUCAGGCUGCAAACCCCCCGAGGUCGUCGUGAAGUGCCUGGCUGCCGCUGCCAUCUUGCUCAUCACCACAGUGAACUCACUGAGCGUGCGGCUGGGGAGCUACGUCCAGAACGUGUUCACGGCAGCCAAGCUGGUGAUUGUGGCCGUCAUCAUCAUCAGCGGCCUGGUCCUCCUGGCCCAAGGAAAUACAAGGAAUUUUGAGAAUUCUUUUGAAGGCGCACAACUAUCUGUGGGAGCCAUCAGUCUGGCAUUUUAUAAUGGACUCUGGGCAUACGAUGGAUGGAAUCAACUCAAUUACAUCACAGAAGAACUUAGAAACCCUUUCAGAAACCUGCCCUUGGCCAUCAUCAUCGGGAUCCCACUGGUGACGGGCUGCUACAUUCUCAUGAAUGUUUCCUACUUCACUGUGAUGACGCCCACCGAGCUCCUGCAGUCACAGGCGGUGGCCGUGACAUUUGGCGACCGUGUUCUCUAUCCGGCCUCUUGGGUGGUGCCACUCUUCGUGGGCUUUUCCACCAUAGGUGCCGCCAAUGGGACCUGCUUCACGGCGGGCAGACUUGUGUACGUGGCGGGCCGGGAAGGCCAUAUGCUCAAAGUGCUCUCCUACAUCAGCGUCAAGCGCCUGACUCCAGCCCCUGCCAUCAUCUUUUAUGGUAUCAUAGCGACAAUUUAUAUCAUCCCUGGUGACAUAAACUCACUGGUCAAUUACUUCAGUUUUGCCGCAUGGCUGUUUUAUGGCCUGACAAUUCUGGGAUUGGUGGUGAUGAGGUUUACAAAGAAAGACCUGGAAAGGCCUAUCAAGGUGCCCAUUGUCAUCCCCAUCCUGGUGACCAUCGUAUCCGCGUUUCUGGUCGUGGCCCCGAUCAUCAGCGAGCCCGCACUGGAGUAUCUCUACUGUGUAUUAUUUAUACUGAGCGGCCUGAUAUUUUACUUCCUCUUUGUCCACUAUAAGUUUGGUUGGGCUCAGAGAAUCUCGAAGCCGGUCACCAUGCAGCUCCAGAUGCUGAUGGAAGUUGUGCCCGCAGAGGAGGCUCCAGAGUAACAAGCUCGGCCUCUCGCAGCCAAGGCCAAGCCACCAUGAAUUUAUUUUUGUAAGCCAUGUUUGUUGCUGUUUCUUCCUGAUGUUUUUUCUUAAGAAAAAAAUGUAUUCAGAUGUUAUUUGUAGACAUCCUCAGUUCCCUGGGUGGGGGUUCUAGAGAGAAGUGACAGGUGUCUGCUACAGCUGGCGGACAGAGAUGUGGCAGCCGGGCUGGGUGGACUGCCGCCCGCGCUGGGACUCCUUACCAGGGGCAGGCCCAUCGCACCUCCUCAAAUAAAGGGCAUUCUUUAAACCCAGUGACCAAUAAGGUAUAUAAAUUUUAUAUAAAAUAGGUAAAACUUUUGCUUUAAUUGAAGUGGGUUUUUAACAUACUGAAGUACCAGUGUUUUAUGGCCUACUGCUCCCCCCCGAAAUACUGAGCCCCCCCGCAUUUUACCUGGGAUGUACGAGGCAGGUCUGCCCCAGGCUGCAUGCCAAGACCCCCACUGCACAGCUGACCAUCCCGAACCAUCUGCAGCCUGGUGCCCGCGCCAGGAGCCACAGUCAGUGGUUGGCCUCACAGGCCCCUGCACUCCCUCCCCCGCCUUCACUGGCGCUCCGGUCAAACCAGAAAGGGAGGUAAUGAAAACAAUUCUGUUUUACGUUCGGCACGCAGGGAAGAUACAGUAAAAAAAAAAGUGAAAUGGCAUUUCUGUGAAAACACUGAAAUUUUAUUGAGAGACUCCAGA